UUUGGUGACACACUUUGCUUAAAAGAAUGUUGCAAAGUGGAAAAUGUGGUUGGAUUUAUGGACCACAUUGCAGAAGAUGUUGGGUUAGGCCCAUCGGGGUUAGUUGGCAAGGCCAAUUCGAUUCAGCACCUUUUGGACUAUUUAAAGGAAGAAGAACAGGUGGAUCACGAUUAUUUUAAAUUGUGCAAGGUCAGUGACAAACUGAAAAAGAUAAUUAAGAAUUGCAACAAGGAGAGAAAGAGACUGGAAAGAGAGAAGCGAGACAUGAGGCUAGGAGAAGGUGUAGAGUAUGAUGAUAAAGUGUUGGAGUUUUUGGAAGGAGAAAAGGUGGAGGAAAGACUGAAAGAAGUUUUAAGUCAUGAGGUAAUAGAUGAGGAGGAAGCGAUUCUGUUAAGAAGAGUGGCUAUGUGUAGGCUGAUGUACGGCAAUUACCAGCGUUCUGGAACAGUAAAGAACAUUGAAAUGGAGGAAUAUAGAAACAGGAUAAAAUCAGAAGAGCAUGAUGUUAUUUUAGUAAAAAACCAUAAAACCAAGGAUCGUUAUGGUUCUGCAAAAGUUGUUUGCAAAAAGGAAACAGUAGAGGUCAUAGAGAAAUAUCUGGAAUAUGCUCCGGAGAGCAAAUACCUCUUUGUGACCAGAACAGGACAUCAAGUGGCAAAUCCCUUUAGGGAACUAGAAAAUUUGUGCAUCCAAAUGGGACACCAGGCCAUCAAGAUAUCUCCAACGGAGCACCGGAAACAGAGUGCAUCUAGAGUGGAACUAGGAAGGGACGAAAAAAUGACAUUAAAGAUUUCCCAAAUGAUGGAUCAUUCCAUAGACACCCAUAGGGCAAAAUAUACCUUUGUCAACACGGCAAAAGAGGCCAUUGGUGCCUACAAAACACUGCAAGACUGGCGACAUAGCCAACAUACAAAAAAAGAACAGAAAAUUGAAGAAUGUGAAGACAGAGAACGUGAAGUAAGGAGGAAACGAAAGUGGACGAUGGCAGAGACAAGAGAAAUUGAAAGGGUAAUGGAGAGAAAGAAGGGCAAGUUUACAAGAUUACAUGAAGUAAAAGAAGAGUUCAAGGAGAAUGAAAUUUUGAAAGACAGGACUUUUAAGAACAUACUUGAUAAAUUAAGACAAAUUCAGAAAUAAUAUGAACAAAGUUACAUGAACUAUCAUUUACUGCUUAAAAAGUUUGUUUCUUUAAUCAAA